AGAAGAGCUCUCCGUGCGCAUGCUCACAGAUUUAGCAUUAUCGCUAUACUGUAAUGUGUGUGCGCUACUCAAAGGUGUGUUGUCAUCUAGCUCCAUCGGUGUGUGUUUGUUUUGUCCGUGUGUCAGUGUCCGUUGGAGCGGGGCUGUCGGCGUCCAUGUACUGCAGAGAAAAGUUGUAGCCACCGCAGAGCUAUCGGCGUGUCGCUGAAGGAGACGGACUAUGUCGGCAAAUAAAACAAAGAAAGUCAAAAUGGCUACUAAAUCUUGUCCUGAAUGCGACCAACAGAUUCCAGUUGCGUGCAAGUCCUGCCCAUGUGGUUUUGUGUUUAUCAGCAGAAAACUCCUGAAUGCCAAAUUAAAUGAGCGGUCCUCUCCAGCCAUUGCAGAAAAGUUGGAGCGGAGGAGGACAGAGCGCAUUCGCAGAGAGAGGAUCGACUCGUCUUUAACCAGCGACAUGGAGAACAGGAGAAGGUCCCGCACCAACAGCCAAUCAGAUCCCAUCCGGAGGGGACGGGGCAGACCCAAAACAGUGGGGCUGAAGAAACAGGAAGAGGAAAAAGAGAAACAAGAGAAGGAGGUGGAUAUUUAUGCCGGCCUUUCUGACGAGAAGGCCUUUGUGUUUUCGGUGGCCUUGGCUGAGAUCAACCGCAAGAUCCUGGGCCAAAGACUCAUCUUAUAGAUGAAAGCCUGAGUGACGAGCAUGGAGAACCUAUCAAAUAGCAAGAGGAUGACCAAAGAGGGCGGAACUGGAGCUGAACUCUGACCUGGAUCACGUGGAUGACGGGGCAUAAAGGAAAUCCUGGCUCUUCGGCACGUUGCAUUAUACGGCCACCACACACAUGCAAACGUGUUUCUGGACUAAAAGCACGAGUGUGGUUUGUUUAUAAUGAAAUACGUUGUAGCUGAUGACAUUUCCCAGCUGUUCUGUACAUAAUACACCUGAGUGUAUAAAUCCACUCCAUACUGUGUUCUCAAGUGCGCCAUCAAGUGCACAUCCUCAGAUGAACAGUUUUCUUAAUAACUGAAGAUGAUUCAAAAACCAAUAGUCUAAAAUGAAAUAAAGUUUUUUGUUUUUAUCGCUGUAAAGUGUUCUGUAGGUAAUGUUGAGCUCCCUCGUUCGAGCUUUCCUAGAGUCAUACAAGAGGUCAGACAAAUAUUUAUGAGAUUUUAAACAAGUUUUCUUUUAAAAUCCUAUUUUAUCAUUCUGUCCAACUUUUAUUGUUAACUGAUGUUUGAUUGCAGAAUCCCAUAUGUGAUUGCAUAUUGUGAUCAUGUCACAAUAUAUUAUAAUUAUAACUGCAUUUAUUCAUGUUUAUUAUUUUUCAUAGAGAUUUAAUGUUUAGUCACAAUCCACCCAGAGUAUGGCAGACUGUCAGGGCUCAAACAUUCUUCUAUACAGAUUUUAUUUUGAAAAUCCUGACGUCCUGCUGGUCGCCAGAGGGUUUCUGUGACUUCACAAUAAUAAAAUCAAUGAAAUGAC